AAGGGGGCGGGGCCACAAAAGCACAUAGUACAUUUGCUGCGUGGACGGACUCGAAACCAGAUAAACGGUACCAAGGCCCUCUGCAUUCAAAUUCUUAAGGUUAACAUUGAAGUAGAAGAGAAUUUCACUUACAGUGUUUUGUAAAAAACACUGUACAGCACCCCGACAAUAUAGGCACCACGGAUCAGCCAAGAAUGCCAAAUAUAAAGAUUUUUAGCGGCAGUUCGCAUCCGGAUCUGUCGCAGAAGAUCGCGGAUCGACUGGGACUCGAGCUGGGUAAAGUGGUCACCAAAAAAUUCAGCAAUCAGGAAACCUGUGUAGAGAUAGGAGAGAGUGUGCGUGGAGAAGAUGUCUAUAUUGUCCAGAGUGGCUGUGGCGAAAUAAAUGACAAUCUUAUGGAGCUGUUGAUCAUGAUCAAUGCCUGUAAGAUUGCAUCAGCAUCCAGAGUCACCGCGGUCAUUCCUUGCUUCCCCUACGCUCGGCAGGACAAGAAGGACAAGGUGGGGAGUCGGGCUCCAAUCUCAGCCAAGCUGGUUGCCAACAUGCUGUCUGUAGCUGGAGCAGACCACAUCAUCACUAUGGACCUACAUGCAUCUCAAAUUCAGGGAUUCUUUGACAUCCCAGUUGAUAACUUGUAUGCUGAGCCAGCAGUCCUCAAAUGGAUAAAGGAAAACAUCAAUGAGUGGAAGAAUUGCACCAUUGUUUCUCCUGAUGCCGGUGGAGCCAAGAGGUGUGGAGGAGUGACAUCCAUCGCUGACCGACUGAACGUGGACUUUGCCCUAAUCCACAAGGAGCGGAAGAAGGCCAAUGAGGUGGAUCGUAUGGUACUGGUUGGGGACGUGAAGGACCGAGUGGCGAUUUUAGUUGAUGACAUGGCGGACACAUGUGGGACAGUAUGUCACGCGGCUGACAAACUGGUGUCUGCAGGAGCCACUAAAGUUUACGCCAUCUUGACUCACGGUAUCUUCUCGGGGCCUGCCAUUUCUCGGAUCAACAAUGCCAACUUUGAGGCCGUCGUUGUCACCAACACAAUUCCACAGGAGGACAAAAUCAAACACUGCAACAAGAUUCAGGUGAUCGACAUUUCUAUGAUUCUGGCUGAAGCCAUCAGGCGAACUCAUAAUGGGGAGUCGGUUUCAUAUUUGUUCAGCCACGUCCCAUUGUAACACAAACAUACAUGCACGCACGUCAUCUCUUUACACGUGUCAUCACAGUGUACAGACUCGCAUGAUGGAGAACCAUUGCUGGGUCUGUCGCACGUAAGAGUCUCUCUCACGCACCAUUUAACUUAAGACAUAUCCUGGACAGUAAAAGAUAAGAAUGAAAGCUUUCCCCCUUUCUGCUGCAUAUGCUGACUCGCCAUUUCCCCCCAAGAACAUUGUGAAAUGUUGUGAAAUGUAAUAAUUUGAUAUUUCUAUCAUCUUGAUUUCCAACUACUCGUUCCACUCAUUGAAUUUCACCCGUCACACUGUUAUAUAAAUGUUACUUGCAUGUUUGUUUGUCUGUUAUUUCUCAAGUAACAAUUAUACAAAAACACCAGCUUAUAAUGGAAAAUCUCCUGUAAUACUGGAUUUUUUUUCUUGGUAUUUUAACUCCAAAUUUACUUUGUAACUUAAAGGUACGAUGGACGUUUAUGAAUUUUGUAUCAUCUCAUUUUUGUCAUAGAAUAUAAUUACUAACAUGUGGCAAGAUUGGAAAAGAAUAGAGAUGGGUAAGACCCCUAUAGAUUGCCAUUGUUAUGGCAGCUGGAUUUUUUUCCCUUCUUUUUUUGUUCCUCUUCUCAGGUUUUAGGUUUUUUUUAACUUUAUUUUUAUCUUUUCAGGGUCUUUUGACAGGGCAAAAGCCAAAAUCUGAGUGGACAAAUUAGGUCAUUAAAAAAAAAGUAGAAUUGUGUUAAGAUGUUUGUUCAUGUUUACAGUUAGGCAGUGUUUUUGGUUGCUUGAGCACGGUUCUGUGAAGUGCCCUUCAGAUUGGGCUGAAAACACACACUCAAGUCAUAUUAAGUGACUACUGUGGAAUUGGCCUAAACAAUCAGCCUAUUGAACCAUAUUUUUUUUGCUGUUUCUUGCUUAUGUCUGUGUGGGUUAGUGUGUUUGUUCUUUGAAGUAUGCUUCUUUUUUCCCAUGCUACAGGGUUAGUUUACCCAAAAUUUCUGUCUUUAAUUACUCAUUGUCAUGUUGUUCCAAACACAUAAGACCUUCGUUUAUGUUCGGAACACAAAUUAAGAUAUUUUUGAUGAAAUCUGAGAGCUUUCUGACCCCCCCAUAGACUGACAGAAAGCUCUCGGAUUUCAUCAAAAAUAUCUUAAUUUGUGUUCUGAAGAUGAACGAUGGUCUUACAGGUUUGCAACAACAUGAGGGUGAGUAAUUAACGACAGACAUUUUAAUUUUGGGGUGAACUAACCAUUUAAGCGAGAUCAGAGAUAAUACAUAAGCUUACACUGGACAAGUAUGUGAGAUGGCAGAGUUUGAAUUGAUAGGUGUAUGCUGUUUGCCUUAACGAAGGAAAAUAAUACUGACGACUGUAUCUAGUCUGAAUACAGAACAAGUAAAGCAUUACAUGUAUAAACUGCA